AUGAAAGCCGUUUUUCCCGGUGUUCCAGCCAGUCUGCGGAUGAUCUGUCAAUUUGGUCUGGCGUCAAUGCUGUUCCACAAGUCGUUCCUGCAGCAGUCACUGCCUACGAAUCAUUUGCUGUUUGCUACUCCGCUAUUCAACACGCGUAAUGAAUCGCAAUUUGAGUGGCUGCGGCGUCGUGUAGUUUGUCGAAACUUUCAAGAGCACGAUCCUAUCAGUCCUUCGGGCAUUCCGCCACACGUGGGGAUAAUGGUGGCGCUUACAAACUACAAGGAGAAAAUUGAUGGGAUUAAAGAAGGACUGGUUGUUGAUUUUGAGAAAGCUCUCAAACGGCACAUUAACGGAUCAGUUAUGACCAUGGAAGCGAUGGAGACAGCCUUCGCUGCGGUAUUGGCGCGGCCCAAUUUGAUGCGACCAAAUCUACCCGCACCAGAUCCAGAAGGCGAGACCGCCGUGAAUGCUACGGCAACGAUGCACACCGAGCUAUAUACAUGGGGUGGAGGCUUUCAUCGAGUGCCAAGAGAGUUUGUGCUACCCCCAGGAACCGUUCGCGUUGUGUGGCAGCAAUGGUGUGCUGGGCAACCGCCACUAAGACAGCUAUCAAAGCACGAUAUGGCUUCAAGACUACAAAAGAUCCGGCUUGCAGAGCUUCAGCGGCUGAUGCGCUUGGUUGAAGCACUUCUGACGAGUGAUGAGGUCCUGUGA